UCUGAGUCUGACUUUGACGCAACGCACAGGCACGCAGGCACGCAUAAGCAUAAACACUCACACAGAUACUCGCUCUCUUCUCUCGUCUCUCUUCACACAAAUUCCCCCAUUUUCUACAGCGUUAAAAGUUUGAGCAAAGCAGCAGAAGAAGAAAAUGGAGUCGCAGCAGCAAGGUCCGGUGGUGAAGAAGAAGGAGACUCGGGGCCGGAAGCCGAAACCCAAGGAGGACAAGAAAGACGAAUCUGCGAAGCCCAAGGAAGGCAAGAAGGCACAGCAACAGCACCACCAGCAACAACAACAACAACAGCAGCAGCAGCAGCAGCAGCAACAACAGCAACAAUCCGCUGUAGACGACAAGUACACUCAGUGGAAAACCCUCGUCCCUGUUCUCUACGACUGGCUCGCCAACCACAACCUCGUUUGGCCUUCUCUCUCUUGCCGGUGGGGCCCUCAGCUGGAGCAAGCUACUUACAAGAAUCGCCAGCGUCUCUAUCUCUCUGAACAGACUGAUGGUAGUGUUCCAAAUACUCUGGUCAUUGCAAAUUGUGAAGUGGUCAAACCUAGGGUUGCAGCCGCAGAGCACAUAUCCCAGUUCAAUGAAGAAGCACGUUCACCAUUUGUAAAGAAGUUCAAGACCAUCAUUCAUCCUGGAGAGGUGAACAGAAUCAGGGAGCUGCCACAGAACUCUAAGAUAGUGGCCACUCAUACUGAUAGUCCUGAUGUUCUCAUUUGGGAUGUUGAAGCUCAACCAAAUCGUCAUGCUGUCCUUGGAGCUACAAAUUCUCGUCCAGAUUUGAUUUUGACUGGACAUCAAGAUAAUGCAGAAUUUGCUCUUGCAAUGUGCCCAACUGAACCCUACGUGCUAUCUGGAGGGAAGGACAAGUCCGUGGUUUUGUGGAGUAUUCAGGACCAUAUAUCAACAUCUGCAGUGUCUGGUGGCUCAAUUACUAAGCAAAACUCUAAACCUGGGGAAGGAAAUGAUAAAACUGCUGAUGGCCCUUCUGUUGGACCACGGGGUGUCUACAUUGGGCAUGAGGAUACAGUUGAAGAUGUGGCAUUCUGUCCAUCGAGUGCACAGGAGUUUUGUAGUGUAGGUGAUGAUUCUUGCCUCAUAUUAUGGGAUGCACGAGUUGGUUCUAGCCCAGCUGUUAAGGUUGAAAAGGCACAUAAUGCUGAUCUUCACUGUGUUGAUUGGAAUCCCCAUGAUGAUAACCUUAUUCUAACUGGGUCGGCAGAUAACUCUGUUCGUAUGUUUGAUCGCCGAAAUCUCACUUCAAAUGGAGUUGGGUCACCUAUCUAUAAAUUUGAGGGUCACAGAGCUGCUGUUCUCUGUGUUCAGUGGUCUCCAGACAAGUCAUCUGUCUUUGGAAGUUCUGCAGAGGAUGGUCUCUUGAACAUCUGGGAUCAUGAGAAGGUUAGUAAGAAGGUAGAGCGAGCAGCAAGAAGUCCAAGUUCUCCACCUGGCUUGUUUUUCCAGCAUGCUGGGCACAGGGACAAAGUCGUUGACUUCCAUUGGAAUGCAUUUGAUCCAUGGACAAUUGUGAGUGUGUCUGAUGAUUGUGAUACCACUGGUGGAGGAGGGACAUUGCAGAUAUGGCGGAUGAGUGAUCUGAUCUACAGGCCUGAAGAGGAGGUUCUAGCCGAGCUUGAGAAAUUCAAGUCGCAUGUGGUUUCUUGUGCUUCAAAGGCUCGAGAGUCCUGAAAAAUUUGAGCACCUGUAAAAUAACAGGAAGCAAAUCUUUGUAGGAGCUUACUAUAUGGAUUUAGAGACUUUUGUAUCUAGGCGGGGAAAUUGCUAGCAAUGUUUUUGUAGUAAUGCUUCUGCAGACAUUCAAGGUGACAACGAUAGGGGUGUAGGAAAUUUCUUGAGUCUCCAGAGAUUCAGGCCAGGAAAUGGCUGUUUACAUUGGGCCUUUCCGGGUCAUGUUCAAUUUAGUAAAACUAUUACCUCCAUUUAA